GAAAGAAAGAGACAAAGAAAGCGCCAAGGUGCGCUGAAAUAACCGGGGAAGGCGGCUCCGGUACCGGGAGUCGGACUCGGUGCCGGUUUGCGCUGUCAGGGAAUUCCGGGGCUGUCCGGUGACGUAACGUGCGUGCGUGCGCCCCCGCGUUCUCAGUGUGUGUGUGUGUUCGAGUGAGCGAGUGUGUGUGUGUGCGCGGCUCUGUCCCUUUAAAACUGCGCUCAGCGCAACUCGAUCCCUGCCUGGCCGCUUCUGUAUGAGAGCGCAGAAGGAAAAGAGGAGCUCGACGCGUAAAGAGCGAGCGCAGCCGAGCGGAGCCGCCGCACGGAAUAAAACAAAUAUCUUUAUCAAAGAAGAAGAUUUACAAGGGGAAAAUAUACAAUCCACGAUAAUUUAUCAGCGCGGGACAUCGCGGAGGAUCCGUGGCCGUCUGGCAGCUCGACUUUCAUGGCUGUUUUCGAGAGGAAGCGGCGGAGACUCUCCGGGAUUAUGAGGCUGUAGCGGCGCUGCGCUCCGCCGGCUGCCGCUCGGAAUUUUUCUCCCCAAACUCGGGAAUACGAGCACCGCGACGACCCGCUGGAAACCGCAUACUACUUUAUUCUUUUUUUUUUUUCCUUCUUUUUCUUCAAACGAGGAUUAAUUUAUUUUUAUUGGAGCGUUUAUUUAAAGCCUCAAUGUGAACGGGUUGAGGAGACCCCAGAGAGAUGAUUGGCAGCUGAAGCGGAGACUUACCACAACUGUGAAUCAAUAACUUGGUGCUACUCUGAAAGCCUGUCGGCUUUUAGACUCUCGGUGCUGAAGACAGAAGUCGGACGUUACAGAUCUUCUCAGUGUUGGAGUGAGGCCCUCUCUGUGCUGCAGUGGAGGGCUUCACAAAUACUCGCUAGUCUGGCUGGAUGCAUCACGCAGUAGAGCAGUUUGGCGGGCGAGGCACACGGGACUCCUUCCCUCUGGACGGACUGAACCGGGGGCCAUGGCCUCCCGUGGGCGGCCGCGCCUGGCAGCCACCUGCCAGGUGUUCACCUGCAAUGAACCAACACCAGCUACUUCCCCAUCUACCUCCUGGACAUAUGGGUGGACUGAACCAUCACAGUAAAUACUUAAGCAAUGGGCCCAUGCGAGGAGGCGACAAGCUUGAGCUCCCUCAGGCAAUGUUACCAGGUAUGCAGAGGGAGCAACAGAGACCUCCUCCUCCCCACCAUCUCCAUCCUCCACCGCCCCACAGAGCGUGGGAGCAACUCGGUCAGCUCUACGAAUCCCACCUCCCCUCCCAGGGGCAUCCUGUCAUGCCCCUGCCCAACGAGCACUCACUCCGUCUCCACAAUGGAGGUUAUCCAGGCAGCGGUGGACCUCCUCCCAACCCGCAUCACCCUCCCAGCAGGACAAAUCAGCUGAUGAAGUUUGGGGGUCCUCAGGAGCAGCAUGUUCCCCGGGGUCCACCGCUGCUGGGAGAUGAAAUGUGGGCUCAGGUGCACCAGCAAAGAGCCUACCCUGGAAAGAUGCUCGGCGGUCAGUUGAAGAGACCUGGCCCUCCGUUGGGAGAGCACUCUGUUAUUCAACACACUCCUCAGCUCCCCCUGCACCCACCGCCCCGCCCCGCCACCGAAGACUGCCCCAGCCCCAGCAAGAGGAAGAAGAGCUCAGAUCAGGUAUCGCAUCCUGGGCUGCAGCGUUUCUCCGGCAUUGGCCAGCCUGCGUUAUCUCAUCAGCAGACUUCAGGUCAUCAUCUCCCCCCAAAACCUGCUUUCUGGAACCCCCUUCACAAGGACAACAGCGGCCCCUGGCAGCCCCACGCCUCUGAGCGCAAAAACCAACAACCACAGGAGUUCCAGAAAAACAUCAAGCAAGGAAUGGGCAGCCACAUCCAAAAGUCCCCUCCUUCCUCAUCUAGCCUCUCCUCACCACCAAACUCUUCUCCAGGAAGUUACAACCAGGGAUGUGCUCCCCAGCUCAAGAAGGAUGCAUCACAACCGCAGGCCGUGAAGCAUCAGUCUCCUCAGUCCUCCUCGGCCUCCCCCUCUUACCGGAGUCCAACUACCAAGCUGACUCCGCCCUACCAGUCCAUAGAACCGUGUGGCCAUGACAGCCAGAGAGGCCGCCUCUCCAGCAGCCAGGGUGGCAACCAGGCUACUCCGACCAGGGGGGGAAGAGAUCAUCAAGUCCACGCCCACUCGUCACCAGCAAACACUUCUGCAGCCAGCAGCAGCAGUGUGCCUUACAGCCACUUCCAGCCUCAUCCUGGACUGGGGCACCAGGGUCCCCCUCCCCCUGCUCCUCCUGCUCCCCCUGCUCCUCCUGCCAGCAGUACCUCAGUUCCUCAGCAGCAGCAAAGUGGCCCCCAUGAGGCCUGGAGGUACCAGAGCAGGCCCAGCAGGCACCCCCAGGAGUCAGGCAUCUACAGGCCUCCAGGUCUGCUACCUCAGCACCAGCAGAGCCACAAUCAGGUUGUGGAUAGUCGGCUUCCAGCUCCCACACAGCAUCCCCAUCAUGUCAGCCCUCCUCCGCCUCCAGCCACCUCCACCCGAACGCCCGUCAUCAUGUCCAACCUCCCCAUGCCGCAGGCCCCCUGCUCCGUCGGCCGCUACGGCAGCGGCGUUACCAUGGCGGCCGUCUCCACAGCGACCGCGUCACCCCCUGCUGGCUACCCUGUGCACAAUGGCAGCUGGCAAAAAGUCAAAGAGCCAGGACCUCAAAACUCCACCAGCGUUGUCUCGAGCCCCAAACCUCAGGUGGAGGCUCUGCUGCAGCCCAGCUGUCGGAGAGACCAGCCUCCCCCCGCCAGGGAAUCUCACCAACAGGGACCCGUCAAAGCCCAGUCCGCCAAGGAGAAGGCGUCGUUCUAUGCUCAGGCCCAACUGAAACAAUCGCCUCCCUUUCCCUCACCGUCUCCUUUGUUCUCCUCAGCGCACCAGAGGACAGGAGACAGUGUCAUUACAAGCAGGGUCUCGCAUCCCAUUCCUCGCUCCGCCGCCAGCUCUGCCCUCCUGCCAACAGGCCCCGCCCUCUCCUCCAGACUGGGCCGUCCCGUAGAAACUCAGAUGUACUCUCAGCCCCAGAUCCACCCACAAGCUCCAAAGUCUGUCCCUCAGUCCAUCGAAGAGGCUCUCGACAAACUCGACGCCGAGCUUGAGGGACAUAUGCAAGCUGAGGAGAGGAGGAAGAGGGACCGAGAGGAGCAGGAGAGGAGGAUUAGAGAAGAGGAGAGGAAGAAGAAAGAGUGGGAGAUGAGACAAAUAUUGGAGGAGGAGAGGAAGAGGAAAGAGCUGGAAAAGAGGAACGAGGAGAGGAGAAAGAGAGAAGCGGAACAACAGGAGGAGGAGAGGCGGAGGAGGGAAUGGGAGAAAAUGGAGCAGGAGAAAAAGAAGAAGCAAGAAGAGGAGAGAAAGAGGAGAGAAAUGGAGAGAUUGGAAAAGGAGAGGAAGAUAAGAGAAUGGGAGAGGCAAGAAGAGGAGAGGAAAAAGAGAGAAUGGGAGAAAAAGGAGCAGGAGAGAAAGAAGAGAGAGUGGGAACGACAGAAGGAGGAGAGGAGGAGGAGGGAGGCGGAGCGGCAGGAGCAGCUGAGAAAGGAGAUGGAGGAGGAGGAAAGGAAGAAAGAGUUGGAGAGGCGAGAGAGGGAGAAGAAGAAAAUGGAGCAAAAUCUCGAGGCGAAAGGAAAAGAACUGACCGCUAUCGAAAACCUGGAGAAACUGCUCUGUGUCAACACCUCCACGGCGCCUCCGCCGCCUCCUCUCUCCUCCAGUACCACACCUCCUUCAGGUCCCUCGCCGCCCAGUUCUCAUUCCCCUCCAAACUACCCCUGGCUGAGCCGUGGCGGCGUGCCCCCCUGUCCGCCAGGCCAGGCGCCGAGCGCGGCGAUGGAGAGGCUGCGGCCGCCUCCGCUCACCCCUCAGACUGAGUACGCCCGAGAGAAGCAGAGGCAGAGGGAGAUGUGGAGCAGCAACGGCGGAACGACAUUCAGUCCCUCAUCAACACACAAUACCUCAGGGAUGAACCAGCCGGUGUUUCCUAACAAGCCCCCGGCAAUGCAAGCAGCACCCAACCAAUCCAAAGACUCGGCUCGGGAGAGAGACGGCAGCCUGCAUCCUCUCCCUACCGUGGCACUCCGAGAGCCCCCGAAGCUGUACCAGGCCUUUCCCCCACCUGCUUUGUCCUCCAUCUCCACCAGGGUAAUCCCGAGCAAGCAGGGGGCGGACGGCGGUUUGGAAAACGCCGGCAGCGCUCAGUUUGAGGAGGAGACGUCCGAGCUGUCCGCCCUGCUGCCGGACGGUCUGGCUAACAUCAUGGCGAUGCUGGACGAGUCCAUCAAAAAGGAAGAGGAGAUGUACAACAGCGAGAAGACGAGGUCUUCCGGCCUUCUUGAGAACUUCUCGCCAAGCGUUGAUCCCAUCAAGAGCUAUCUGUGCGCCCCAGACCUGAUACCAGCGACAAAGCAUCAGCCCAACCAGGAAGAUUUCGGCUCCAACGCCAGCCCUCCUGUACUCAGCCGCCAAGGCUCUCUGGCGUCUCCUUGUAGCCGAACGUCGUCUCUGAACGAGGAGGACGAGGACUAUCUGAAGCCUUCUCCAAACGUUCUGAAUACGAAGCCGUCGAUGGACAUUGGAUCGGGAGUGGGGAACACCAACUAUCGCCACAGUGACUUAGCGAAGCUUUACGGCCUGCCCGAGCAGACAAAAAGCGAGGCGGACGAGGACGACGACGAGGAAGAUUCUGAGGCUCCGUCUUGCUCUCCACCACCUCAAAGACCCCACCUCCAUCAAACAGGGGUCAACAGCAUGUUCAAGUCUCUAGCGACAGUCAUAGAAAGCCAGAAGUACGCUUAUCGUGGCGGGCCUUUCGGAAGACCUCCUCCGUCGGCUCUGGUUGGGGUCAAGUACUCGUCUUCUCUGUCUCUGGGCCCCGACAUCUGCCGCCAGCAGCAAGGGGGUUCCCCAACCUCAGAUUCAACUAAUCCGCCUUUCAGUCCUGCUGUCCCACCGCUGAAGUCCUCUCCCCGUCCUGUACUGGAAGACAAGAAACUAAAGUUGGAGGACAGCGACGUCUGGACUGAUGAGGGGGAAACAGAGGACAGUGUUUACCCCAUCAAGAAGAGGAGCUUUCCCACCAUAAAGCCCAUCAAGGUGGUCAAGGAAGAGCAGCAGCUGACGACCAUCUCGGAGUCCUCGCUGGCCGAGCUGGGCAAGAGCUGCGAAGUCAUGCUCAGCCGGCAGUCGCUUCCAAACACCAGCAGCCACCUGGAAGACAGACACAAGCCCGAGAAGGUGAAGGAGCACCGGGAGAAGGACCGGAACAAGGACCGGGAGAGGGAGAAGGACAGGAAGAGAAAACACGGCCACGGCAGCAGCAGGAAGCACGAGGACAGGAAGGAAAAGAAGAAGCAUAGAGAACGAAGGGACGAGCUGGUUCUCUCCUCUUCCUCUUCAUCUUCAUCAUCCAGCCAUUCCAGCUCAAGUCACAAGCGACACAAGGAUGGCAGGAGCCACAAGGAGAAGAAGGAUCGCAGGAUUCUCGGUGACCUUAACCUCCAGAGGAAGGAGGGCUUGGAGAAGAAUCGCAGCCAUUACGAUUCAGAGAAGAGGAGACACAAGGAGGCGUCGGGUUCCAGCUCUACCAGCGACGGGGAACAUGCAGAAUGGACCUCCAGUUCUAGAGACAGGUCUUCUGAGCAUAGAAAAGGCUCAGAUUCUGGUUCGCUGGGACCAACGGACUUCUUGAAGCUGAAGGCGCUGUCGGACGGGCCUCCCAAGGAGCUGAAGAUCCGUCUGAUCAAAGUGGAGAGUGGCGACAGGGAGACGUUCAUCGCCUCUGAGGUGGAGGAGAAGAGAAUCCCACUGGAAGAAAUUUGUAUAAAGAACACCGCAAGUGAAAUUAUCCGGUCCUGCAAGGGAGCCAGAGUUAAAGGAAAAUUUAAAGAAUCUUAUUUGCUGCCAGCGUUCUCAGUGAAACCUAUCAUAACCACAGAAGAGCCCAUUCCUCGAGAGAAGCUCAAUCCUCCGACACCCAGCAUCUAUUUGGAGAGCAAGCGGGACGCCUUCUCUCCUGUGCUGCUGCAGUUCUGUACAGACCCCAAAAACCCUGUUACUGUUAUCAGAGGCCUGGCCGGAUCUCUACGACUCAACCUGGGGCUGUUUUCUACCAAGUCCCUGGUGGAAGCUAACGCAGAGCAGGCAGUAGAGGUGAGGACACAAGUGCAGCAGCCCGCCGACGAGAACUGGGACCCCAGCGGGACGGGCCAGACGUGGCCCUGCGAGAGCAGCCGCUCACACACCACCAUCGCCAAGUACGCCCAGUACCAAGCCUCCAGCUUCCAAGAGAGUCUGCAGGAGGAGAAAGGCAGUGAUGAAGAGGAUGACGAUGAUGAGAAAGAGAAAGAGAAAGAUAAAAAGCCGCCAAGCAGUUGUGACACUCCCAGCAAGGACGGCUUGAAAGACAGCAGCAAUGGCGAGCAGAAACCACUGGGGAAGAUCAUCAAAUUUGGCACCAACAUCGACCUCUCUGAUCCCAAGAGGUGGAAGCCCCAGCUCCAGGAGCUACAGAAGCUUCCGGCGUUCAUGCGCGUGGCGUCGAGUGGAAACAUGCUGAGCCACGUGGGGCACACCAUCUUAGGCAUGAACACGGUCCAGCUGUACAUGAAGGUCCCCGGGAGCCGGACCCCCGGUCACCAGGAGAACAACAACUUCUGCUCGGUCAACAUCAACAUCGGUCCUGGAGACUGUGAGUGGUUCUCCGUCCAUGAGAACUACUGGCAGGCCAUCAACGACUUCUGUGAAAAGCACGGAGUGGACUACCUGACGGGGUCCUGGUGGCCGGUGUUGGAGGACCUGUACAACGCCAACAUCCCCGUGUACCGCUUCAUCCAGCGGCCCGGAGACCUGGUGUGGAUCAACGCCGGCACCGUCCACUGGGUCCAGGCCGUCGGCUGGUGCAACAACAUCGCCUGGAACGUCGGGCCCCUGAAUGGUUACCAAUACCAGCUAGCCCUGGAGAGGUUCGAGUGGAACGAAGUGAAGAAAGUCAAGUCCAUCGUGCCGAUGAUCCACGUGUCCUGGAACGUGGCUCGCACGCUGAAGAUCACCGAGCCAGACACCUACAAGAUGGUCAAACACUGUCUGCUGCAGUCCAUGAAGCACAUCCAGAUCCUCCGGGACCAGCUGGUGGCCGAAGGCAAGAAGAUCUCCUAUCAGAGUCGAGUCAAAGACGAGCCCGCCUACUACUGCAACGAGUGCGACGUGGAGGUGUUCGACCUGCUGUUCGUGACGAGCGAGAACAACAGCAGGAAGACGUACGUGGUCCACUGCGAGGACUGCGCGCGGCAGCGCAGCCCCAACCUGAACAACGUGGUGGUGCUGGAGCAGUACCGCAUCGAGGAGCUCAUGAGCGCCUACGAUUCCUUCAACCUGGCCGCCUCCUCCCGGUGACACAGCUCCUCACCCGUGUCUCCUCAGCCAUAACCAAAACUCCUGCAAGUCGGGACAAAAAAAGAAAAAAGAAAAGACAGCUUCACCUUGGCGUUCCAGCCUACCCUCUCAUUAUCCAGCAUCUUUUUUUUUUUGUUUUUUUUUUUUGCUACUACUACUACUGCUACUACUUGCCGAACAGCCAGUUGAAGACGUUUACUCACGAUUACUGUUUACAAGAAGAAAUACCAAGCCGCCAAUUUAAGGAAAAAAAAAAAGAACAAUAAUAAUACCAGUUUACUCUCAGAUGGUGCUUUUUUUCAACCAGAAUCCCCGGCAGGCAGCGGUGCGAGCCGGGGCCCGGGGCCAGUCGGUGCUGCCAUUGAACAAACUGUGGAGGGUAGUCGAUGGUUUCAGCGGCGUGUUGCUGUCAGUACCGGGGGAAAAAAAAAAGAAGAAAAGAGAAGAAAAAAAAACACGUUUCUGUUGUUGUCUUGAAUACUGAAAUUUGUACAUGCUGUUUGAAAUUUUUUGUGGGGUGCUGUCUUUUUUAAAUAAUUUAUUGUUCAGUUUUUUUCUAAACUAGAUCAGCCUAGAUAUAUACCACAUUGGCCUUGUAUUUAGAAAAGAGAGGAAAUGAAAAAUACUAAUAAUAGAGAUAUGAACAUUUUUCUAAAGCAUUAAGAAUUUAAAAACAAAAAUACAAUUGUUUGGAAAUGCUUCAAAAGAUACGGGUUUUAGCAACUUUGGUUGUUUAGGGGGGCGUUUGAUUUUUUUUUGUUUUUCAGAAUCUUGUAUGUGUUGUAUUAUUUUUUGUUUUUUUUUGUUUUGUUUUAAUGAAUUCUACUUUUAUUUCCUCGUCACGUCAUCAGGUCUUUUUGUUCAUUUCUUCCUUUUUUUCUGUUUGAACUGAAAAAAAAAGAGAAAAAUCAUCGUCAUCUGGUGUGUGUGUGUGUUGUACCUCUGAUUGAUUGUUCCAAUAUGCAGACUUAGUAUUUCCUGGAUUUUUUUUUUUUUUUUGGCAUUGUACAUUUAAUUUAAAAUGUUUCCUCUAUUUAUUGGAUAUCAAUGUUCUCCCUUUUUAAGAGGGUUGUACAAUUUUUUUGCUAUGUUUUUUCUUUGUUUUUUUUAUGGUGACUGAUUGCUCUUUACGAACAGAAAUGUGGAGGUUUGUAUGUCCGCCGGAGUGGAGGCUGCUGUUUCUGUGGUGCUCGCCUCUCCGCUCCCGCCUUUUCUCUCCUGAUAUAUAUUAAAUUAUAUCUUUAUCUUGAAUAUAACACCACCUUUCCUGUAGACGAUAGGCACACUGCUCACGUAGAGAAGAGGACUAAUGGAAUGCUGUGUUUGUAUGCUCAUUAUGGGGGAAAAAAAAAAAAAAGAACAAAACGACUUUUUUUCCAAAGUGUUUUGAGAAAUGGUAAUUUUUUUUUUUUUACUCUGUAGGGGGCUUUUAGAUAAGAUUUUAAUGAUUUUAUGAUAUCUGUUGAAUAUGAUAACAGGAUAGAUGGUGCUAAAUGUUCUCUUUGAACAACUUUUUUUUUUUGGUUUUUGUUUUUCUUUUCGUCUUCUUAAAAAUGAGAAUUCUAUUUUUCCUGUUGCAAUAUUACACUUUUCCUUCUCUUUGUGGUCAUUUAUUUAUAACUGCACUGUUUAGAGAAUUCACACAGACAUACUUGCAGACACACACACACCAAACUGAGCCAGACAUGUCUUAAA